CAGUGGACAGCAGUCAAAGUGUAAAGAGUUAAAGAAGUAUUUUUUUUUUUUGUAUUGUUUGAAUUAGUUUGAUUUUAUACAUAUUUCUCAUUGAACUAUUGACGUAAAUCUGGUUAUCACAAUAGAAAUAUGCCGCAUUGUAGUUUUCAAGCAGAAAGUAUUCCUUUUAAGGAAAUCGAUAAGCUGGCAAUAUCAGGUGGAUACUCUGCAUUUUUUCCCACUUCUGAACCAUCUGUGCCCGUAGUUGGAGACUGGAGGAAACGUUAUUGUUCGUUAGCAGACACCUUUAAACCUGUUCUCGAUCGAGUCUACAAUUUUGAUGUUCGUGAAGACGAUGUUUUUAUAGUGACCAGUACAAAGUGUGGAACAACAUGGGCUCAAGAGAUGACAUGGCUCAUAAUGAAUAAUUUUGAUUUCGAAAAGGCAAAAAGUAUUGAUUUAACAAUACGAUCGCCAUUUUUAGAAUUUAACGGCGUUGUACCAAAUGUACCGCACGAUACGAUCGAAGAAGCAAAUAAUUUAAAAUCACCUCGUCUACUAAAGUCUCAUCUACCCGCAAUGCUUUUACCGCAACAAAUUUGGACUAAGAAACCGAAGAUUAUUUACGUAUUUCGCAAUCCAAAGGAUGCUGCAGUCUCAUAUUUCCAUCAUUGGCGCGGCAUGGUUGGUUACAAGGGAUCCAAAGAAGAUUUUGUCCAAUCAUACAUGGAUGGUCAUGUUAAUUUUAAUCCAUUUUGGCCCCAUGUUUUGGACUUUUGGCAAAUGCGAAGCAGUUCACAAGUCUUGUUUACGAGCUACGAACGAAUGAAGUGUAAUUUAUCUUCAGUCAUUAAAGAAGUUUGUCAGUUCUUAGAUAAGGAAAUUACACCUGAUCAACUUUCUUCGUUAGUCGAACACUUAUCAUUCGAUAACAUGAAAAAUAAUCCAGCCUGCAAUCACAUUAAAGAAUUCGAAAGUAUGAAGGCUGCUGCCGGUCGAAAAGUCGAUGAAUUUAGGUUUGUUCGAAGAGGUAUUGUCGGCAGCCAUAAAGAUGAACUGGCACCCAAUGUUAUACAGGACUUUGAUGAAUGGAAUGAUGAAAACUUAAGAGAAUACAAUUUAUCUAUUGAUGAUUUCACACAAUAUUCAAAGUACCACUGUUAAUAGCAAUUAAGAGAUGUUUUAAAUAGUAUUAUUUUAUGUUAAUAAAAAAUAUCCAUUAAUAAUAUGCAUACAGUGGCU